CUCCGCCUCUUCCUCCUCCUUCACGGCCACGGGACUGUGCGCUGCAGGUCCGUUCAUCUCUUCAUCUCCAUCGUCAGCCCGGACUGAGACAUGUCUAUGAGAGAUGAGCUGGGAGCAUUGGGUGGAUGUCAGAGCACCACCGACAUGAUCCACGUUGCCGUUCAAAGUGUCAGUGAGAGCAGAGACUUCACGGUAGCAUGCGACUGCACCGUCAGACAGCUGAAGCAGGAUCUCUCAGAUCGUGCGGGGGCCUCAGCAGAGCAGCUCCUGCUGAUCCACUCAGGCCGAGUCCUCACAGAGUCUCAGAUCCUGAGUCACCUUAAAGGGAAGAGUGAUUCUGUCAGCCUCUGCAUGAUCCGAAGGCCUCAAUGUUCCUCUGCUGCCGCUGACCUGUCCUCGGAGACAAUCCAUCAAGAGCGCACAGACGUUCUCGACCCUGGUCAUGACAACUUGACGCCAUCUCCCACCUCUCCCCUCUGCCUGGUGGACAGUCUUGGCCUGGCGACAGGCAAGUCUGGCUUCUUCCCUGCACUCCAGCACCAGAUGGAGAAGCAGCUGUUGGAUAACCCAGAGAUGAUGCGCUGUGUCCUGGGCAGCCCUUUGGUGCAGAGCAUACUCUCUACUUCCAGCCCCCAGAUAACCAGACAGCUCAUUCUGUCCAAUCCUCAAAUCCAGAAGCUCCUAGAGACAAAUCCAGAGGCUAGAGACAUGCUCAACAACCCUGACAUCAUCACAGAGGUGCUGGAGCUCGUCCGAAACCCUGACAAGAUAGAGGAAGUGAUGUGUAAUGAAGACAGCGCAAUAGACGAGUUGAAACCAGAGCAGGACAACCCUGAACCCAUCAACGGGGACUCUGAUGGCCUCCAGAAGACCGAAGCAAAAAUACAGGAACAUGAUGUCAAUCUGUCACAGACAGGAGGACCCCAAGUGGUGACUAUCUCAUCUGGGAAACAACAGGCCCCCAAAAGAGAAAGAAACCAGAGGCCAUCGUUCUCCAGUCACUCCACAGAUCCUCUCAGAAAACUGACUGCCACACCCACAGCUGACCCGAACCCUCACAGCACUGUCACUGCAGGCAUGCAGUCCCUGCUGGAGGAGAUCACGGCCAGUCCUGGUCUGAUGGAGAGCCUUCUCUCUGGGCCGUACGUCAGCAGCCUUCUGAACUGCCUCGGCCAAAACCAGGAUCUGGCUGCACAGAUGCUGUUGAGCCACCCAUUGUUCUCAGGGAAUCCUGAGCUGCAGCAGCAGAUGAGAGAGCAGCUCCCUCUAUUCCUGCAACAGAUGCAGAGUCCGGAGCUGCUGUCGGCCAUGUUGAACCCCAGAGCCAUGGAGGCUCUGCUACAGAUCCAGCAGGGACUACAAACUCUGGCUACAGAAGCUCCCGCCCUCAUACCUAUGGCUGGACUGGGGAACACUGGAGCCAGUGCUGAUGUUGCCCCUGAGCUCGAGUCCAACUCUUUCCUGAACAGCCACUCAGGAAAUCGUCCUCAGGUUGCCACGGUGACAGAGCAGCAGCAGCAGUUUGUGCAGCAGAUGCUGCAGGCGCUGGCUGAUAAUGGGGUCCAUCGUGAGGAGGCGGAGCUCCAAGAGGAGCUGGAGCACCUGAGCUCAAUGGGCUUCAGAGACAAGCAGGCGAACCUUCAGGCCCUCAUCAGCACAGGAGGAGACCUCAGCACGGCCAUACAACAUCUGCUCGACCUCUGACACGGACUCAAACACACAUGCACGCACAUUGAUCUGUGUGGACCACACCGUGGAUUCAGGGUAUACACAUGUUCUGACAUUUGCAUAUAAGCACUCACACAUAAUGAUACACGUACAGGUAACAAUAUUUAAAAAAUUGCUUUGCAAAAGGUAAACAUGCAAGCCAUAUUUAUAUUCCUGUAAUUCCAUAGUUUUAUUCACUCGUAAACUUCCAUACUAACCUGUCUGCUGUAGUAAACUGCUGAAUAGUCAGUCCUGGUAUAAAAGUCACACUGCUCUACUAAUAUCAGUCUAGGAUGGGGGUUGCAGUUUACUGACCAGAUUUAAAAGCCCAAUGUGACAAUUUUGUGAUUUGGGCUUUAUACAUGAAUAUAAAUUAAAUAAUACAAAUAUAACAAACUUUAUUUAGUUGUUAUGAUAAGACUUACAAUUGUUGUCCUUCCAGGCUCAACACUUUAAGUUUAUAUAAAAGUGAAACAAGGAUACAAUCACUUUAACCCGGUCAGUGACGUGCACUGGUGCAGAUCAGUACAGCUACUUAAAUCAUCACAUACUUGAGUCUUGUAGCAGUUGCAUUAAUAUUCAGAGGUACUUCAUGUAAUAUUAAUCUCUGUGCAGACACAGUGUGACGCUCCAGCCUCUUUUCAUCUUGCCACCUGGACAGAGUCUAAUGAAAACUUUUAACACCCAGAGGACGUCCGAUCAUCUUGACGCUGACGGAGGAUUCACUCUCACAGUCUCAGUCAACAGACGGAAACAGGAGCAUCGUCUGUUGUUGCUGCUUCUCUUCUUGUCUAUCUUGUUCACCACAGGCUGUACAGUGGCCACUUGCAGCAGAUGAUUCAUCAAGUUUGUCUCCAAAAGCAAAAGCUUGAUAGAUGUGUUCAAAAUGGAAAGCUUAACUCUGUGCUAGAAUCUCAAUGUUUAUCUUGACGCGGCACAGACACAGAAACUCCGAUUUGCUCAACUAAUCCUCUCAACACUCUCUCAGGAGAAAAUAAGGCAAGAAUAAUGGAUAAGAGAAAAAUGAGUUCCUUUGCUUAGGUGAGUCAUUUCUUAAAAAUGCUCUUUGCCUAACAUCUUUCUAGACAGUGACCGGUGUCAAUGUUUGGUGUCUUAAUGUUCUUUUCCUAAACUUAGCUGAAUUCACCUUAUUACAGUAGUGUGUCAUAUGGACUGAGUUUAUUUGGGGUACCGAACAACUGAGCAGCAUACUCACCCCUCAUCUAUGGAUCUGAUACACAAUCAGUAAAAAGUGUCCGUGCCCUUA